AUGCUGUCGUUCACCCACUCUGUAGCUUUCUCGGGCUUCUCCGCGCGCUUCCUGAAGUCACUCGAGGAGCAACAAAACAUUCCAGUCGAGAAGCGAUUGGAUGCACCGGCAUCGAUUAAGGCACUGAAGGAGAUGUCUGCGAAGGGUGGUCUGAACAUGAAGUUUGACGAGUACCGGCUCCGGUACCUGGACCAUUUGGAGGAGAAGAAGGGAUUUGAAGGGAUGGUGGAUUUCCUGACCGACACUAUCAACAACCUUUUGCACAGGAGAUUUGAGAAACAAGAGCGAUUGCGUGAAUUGGAGGAGCAGCAGCAGAAAGAGUCUGAAACGAGCGAUGCCGAUCCACCUCUACAGAAUCUUAGUCUGAAAUAA